GGCGGUCGCGACCCCGCGGAACCGGGUGUCCGGUGUAUCCGUUGUAAGCAUGCACCCCGAGACCUCGGAGCCCGUGGUGGACGGGCCGCCGGAGCAGGGCUGCGCGCAGGAGCCGGGCGUGGAGGAGUCGGCGGGAGACCACGGGGACGCGGGCCCGCGGGGCCGCAAGGAAGAAAUUAAUGAUCCGAAGGAAAUAUGUGUGGGUCCUUCUGCCACGUCGUACCCAAGUGAGCAGAAACAGAGCGGUGACAGCAGGUCGGACAGUCACUUCACACACCAGAGAGAUGACAAGGAAGACUGUGGUCCCAGAAUGACUAAAAGUUUUCUGCAAAGACUCUGCAAGCAACACAAGCUUUAUAUUACCCCAGCACUGAAUGAUACACUAUAUUUACACUUUAAAGGUUUUGACCGCAUCGAGCACCUGGAGGAGUACACGGGGCUGCGCUGCCUCUGGCUGGAGUGCAACGGGAUCCAGAAGAUCGAGAACCUGAACGCCCAGACAGAGCUGCGCUGCCUCUUCUUGCAAGUGAACUUGCUGCAUAAAAUCGAGAACUUAGAACCUCUGCAGAAACUGGAUGCCCUCAACCUGAGCAACAAUUACAUCAAGACCAUUGAAAACCUCUCCUGUCUGCCGGUCCUGAACACGCUCCAGAUGGCCCACAAUCACUUAGAGACCGUGGAAGACAUUCAGCACCUAAAGGACUGCUUGAAACUCUGCGUCCUUGACCUUUCCCACAAUAAGCUGAGCGAUCCGGAAAUCCUGAGCAUCCUGGAGAGCAUGCCUGAUUUGCGUGUCCUGAAUUUGAUGGGAAACCCCGUUAUUAGGCACAUCGCUAAUUAUCGAAAGACUGUCACCGUUCGACUAAAACAUUUAACGUACCUGGAUGACAGACCAGUUUUCCCCAAGGACAGAGCCUGUGCGGAGGCCUGGGCCAGGGGCGGGCUUGCCGCUGAGAAAGAGGAGAGACAGCAGUGGGAGAGCCGGGAGCGGAAGAAGAUCGAGGACAGCAUCGAGGCGCUGGCGAUGAUCAAGCGGCGGGCGGAAGAGAGAAGGCGGCAGAAAGCCAGCUGGGAGGAAGGGGACAAGCUGGAGCCAGAGGAGAGCAAGCUUGUGGAUGGCAGCGUGCCAGGGAAGGAGGAGCCUCGUGAGGAGGGGGAGAGGCGGCAGAAAAUGGAGCUAUUUGUCAGGGAGAGCUUUGAGGCCAAGGAUGAGCUCUUCCCGGAGAAAUUGAAUCUUGGGGAGGAGCUGCUGGUGGAGGUCAGCAGAGAGACGGAAGGCCGGGAGCCAGCGGGGCCGCACCUGGAGGAGGCCGUGAGGCCGGCCGCGCCUGGAGCUACCUGCAAAGAACCAGACCCCCAGACCGUGGCCGCGGGGGGUGCAGCAGGCACAGAGCUGGGUGGAGACGAAGAUCUGGAGACCAUCAGACUGGAGGCGAAGGAGAAGCUCUGCAUCGACGACCUGCCUGACUUGGAAGAUGUGGACACAGGCGAGCCUCUGGAAGGCCAGGAUGAUGAGAUGUGCUUUCCAAAGAUCACAGCCAUCUCAAGCUUGAGUGAUGACAGUGACCCUGAACUGGACCACUCCUCACUCCCAGUGCCGGAAGACACCUCUGAUGCCCUUUCAAACAUAUUCGCCAUCCCCAGGGACACGUGGAGGAAGGCUGAGACGCCCUUCACCGCCAUAUGUGAAGCAGCCGCCAAGAGGGACUCGGAAACACCAACAGGAGACACCAAGGCCCCACGCCCGCUGAUCCAGGAACUCCCCGGCGAGCAAGCUUCAGGCCAGCCACCAAUGCCCCCAACCUGCCAUCAGGACGCCCCGCCACCCACUCCCAGCGAGGACAGGGACAGUGACCUACUUCCAGCCUCGCCCCCAGGUGAGGUCACUGAGGAGAACGAGGCGCAGGCUGAGACAGAGCUCGCUGAGCCCGAGGCGGGAGAAGACCGGGAGGACAUUGAAUUUGGCUUGGACUGAACCCCAAGGUGGC